AUUGAUGAAUUGUAAGCCUUCUCCAUUCAGUACAACAACAAGCUUUUCCUCAUAUCAUCAAAUUUAAUUAGAAGGCAAUACUACUCAUUAAGGCUAGGACAAACUGAGCACAAGGAAUUAUGGCGGAUUUGAUCACAGCCGAAGAAGUGCGCUUGGUGAAUCCGGAGGCUGAUUACGAGACUUUGAAAGCGGAGUUGGAUGCCAAGGUGAACACCGCCGAGGGUAAUGUUGAGUUAAGUGCUGAUCAAGUGUUAUUGAACACACAGUUCUUAAACCUUUGCCCGGACAAAAUACAAAGAAUUGAUCGGCGUUUUUGGUCUGGCUCUGUGGUCACUGAUCGUCCAACUCUUAGUAGCGGCUAUUACACCGUUCUUACCCAGAAAGGCACCAAGCCUGAAGGCGUCAAGUGGGGCCAAGUCUGGGCUAAUGGUACCGCUGAUGACACCACUGCUCGUAAGUGGAUUGUGGCUUUUGAUACCGCUGCUGGCAAGGCUUAUGCUGAAGCAGGACCAAUGGGUCCAGUUGAUUGGAACGUAAUUGAAGUGAGACUGGGUUUGUCCGGAAGCAAAACCGAGCACACUGACCCCAUUCUUGGAGGCAACGUACUUGCUACGAUAGAUGGCCUCAAGGCAUAUGCACAUUUCCGCUGAAUGAUAGAGCUUGCUAAGCUAUACUUAAAAGUUAAAUCUACAUACUAUGGAGUAUGUGCGCUACGAAUAACGAAUUUGCUUUAAAUGUCAGUCAUGUAUUGUGUUACUUUUCUUUUUAUUUCAAGUACUUUUAUGUAACAAAUAAUUAAGAUGCUUCUAUGCAUCUAAAUUCCAAAUGAUUUAUGCUUGUAAGAUCUAUCACCGCAGACAAUCUUUGUAUGGAAUUUACUACUCGUUUUAUUCAAUUGUUAUUCCUAAUUUAUAUUUAUCAUUUUAU